UCACUGGAUUCAGUUCAGAGGGAGCACUAUGGAGAGAAGGGUCAACUUCCUCAUCCUCCUGGGACUGCUCCUGGGACUGGUCUCCACAUUGCCCAAAAAGGGCGAUUGGGACAUCUACAGUUUUCACAUCAACUCCACAGUGACCAGCCGCUAUGCCACCACCGUCAUCAAGAGCCGCGUGGCCAACCGCAUGGAAGAGUCUAAAGAGAUUGAAUUUCACGUUCGGAUUCCCAAGAACGCCUUCAUCAGUAAAUUCAGAAUGUUUAUGGACGGUGAAGUGUAUGACGGCGUGGUGAAGGCAAAAGAACAAGCAGAGCAUCAAUACACAGCGGCUGUCUCUCGGGGCCAGAGUGCAGGAAUUGUCAGUUCUGUGGGGAGAACGCUGGAGGAGUUUAAGACUUCUGUUACCGUGGCUGCUCACAAAAAAGUCACAUUUGAACUCACCUACGAGGAGCUACUCAAACGCAGACUUGGCAAAUACGAGCUGCAAAUCUUUGCUCGGCCCAUGCAGCCUGUCAAAGAUUUCAAGGUUGAUGUGCACAUACACGAAGAUGCUGGACUCCAGUUUAUAGAGGUUAAAGGUGGCCUGAGCACCAAAGAACUGGCAAAUGCAAUUGCUGAAACAGUAACAGACCAACAGGCCUGGGUCAAUUUCUAUCCAACUGUGGAUCAGCAGAAGGUUUGUGACAGUUGUUCAGAGGAUGGCUUGAAUGGAGAUCUCAUCAUUUUUUAUGAUGUUAAAAGAGAGGUCCCAUUUGGAGAUAUCCAAACUCGAGAUGGGUACUUUGUGCAUCACUUUGCUCCCUCCAGUCUGCCUCGUAUACCAAAAAAUGUUGUCUUUGUUAUUGACCAAAGUGGCUCAAUGCACGGACGGAAAAUGCAUCAAACACGCAUUGCCCUAAUUCACAUCUUAAGUGAUUUGUCCGAAGAUGACUUCUUCGGGCUCAUCACUUUUGACAGUGAAAUUUUUCACUGGAAACGAGAACUUGUUCAAGCCACCUCUGCAAACAUUGAACAGGCCAAGAGGUUUGCAGAGCACAUUGAAGAUCGAGGGUCCACAGACAUAAACAGGGCUGUGCUGGAGGGUACUCGCAUGCUGAAUGUACACCCCAGGGAAGACUCAGCCUCGAUCCUCAUACUUCUGACUGAUGGGGACCCCACCUCAGGAGAGACCAAUCCCGAGAAGAUCCGAGCUAAUGUUAAAAAGGCCAUCGCAGGUAAAUUCCCGCUGUACUGCCUUGGAUUUGGAUUUGACGUUAACUUUGAGAUCCUGGAAAAGAUGUCCCUGGAUAAUAAUGGUUUAGCUCGUCGCAUAUAUGAAGACUCUGAUGCUAAUCUGCAACUUCAGGGCUUCUAUGAAGAGGUGGCCACUCCACUGUUGACAGAUGUGACCAUGAUCUACACUGGAGGCUCUAAUCUAACCCAGACUAACUUCAGCCAAUAUUAUAAUGGCUCAGAGAUUGUUGUGGCAGGUGUGAUCACAGACAACAACAUUGAAAGCUUUACUCCUGAAGUUGUGGCCCUUUCUAGAAAUACAAGAGUGACUUUUUCAAGACCAAAUACAACAACAGAGUCCAUUGUGAUGGCACCGGUCGACCGCAUCCAGAGAGUGUGGGCCUAUCUCACAGUCAAACAACUCAUGGAGAAAGAGUUGCAGCUGUCUGGACCAGAGAAGAACAAAGUGAAGAAAGAGGCCAUGGAUUUAUCUCUAAAGUACAGCUUUGUGACUUCUCUCACAUCAAUGGUGGUCACUAAACCUCCAGGAGAAGACUCAGCUGUCCUCCACAAGCCUAAGGAAGGAGAAGCACCUGCUAUGCCACUGAUACCUACAUUGAACCGUGCAAGGGGUGGUGCAGUUGGUACUUCAUUGAGUGUGCAACAUCAUGGGCAUGUUCUCCACAGACUUGCAAGUCCAGCAGGAGGUGCUUUUCAUCCAGUUUCAAGAUUCUCCCCCCCUCCUCUUGCUCCUCGUAUUGGUUUCUUUUCCCCCCCUGCCCCCCCUGGCUUGCCUCGCUUUUCUGACAUCCCUGGCCCCCCUGGUCCUCCUCCCUUGCCUGGCCUUCAUGGCAUAGCUGGCCCCCCUGCGGAUCCUGAUCAUCUUGGUUUUCCACUUGUUCUAAACAAGAGACGCCAUUUCUCCUCUAGUCAAGUUCAAGUUACAGACAGUAGAGAAGCUGACUAUGUGGCCUUUGAUAUGGACUCCAUUAUGGUACAUGCAACCAUGAUUCCUGACACUACUACAACUACAACUAAAGCUCCUUCAACUCAAAGGUUUUUACUGAGACCUGAGAGACUUACUCUGCCUCUCUGCUUUGAUCUCCCGGCCUCUGUCAACGUGACGUUACUGCGCCACCCCGGUAGAGGACUUGACAUAAAAGGUAUGAUUGGCACAGAGACAAAUGGAGGUUUUACACACAUAUCCCUCCAUGCCCAACAUGACACAUCUAUUGAGGUGGACACGGAUGGUGUCAGUGUGAAGCAGGGGCUGACAUUAGCGCGAUACUCUGAACAGACUCAAAUCACUGUUGGCAGUCUGACAGUGAUCAUAAAUGACAAGGAGGUCAUUGUGUUAGCUGGAGAAGUUCGUUUUGUGAUUCUGAUCCAUGAGAUUUCUGGGAGAAAGUUCCUGUGGCCUGUUCUGAGACAGAUGCCCCUGGAUGACAAAGCUGAAGGAGUUUUAUUUUAUAAUAACGGGGAUUUUGAGGAAGAGGAAAGACCGGACAUAGGGUCAACGUCUGUCAAAAUUAAAGGCAACUUGAUCCCUGUGAGAAGAUCCAUAGCUACUGAUUACAGUUUCCCAGUGGCUCUAACAGCUGACUGUUGGUUCUUGGCUGCUCACUCAGCUCUCCAGAGACCAGCCAGUGACUUCUACAACUGACAUUUAAACCAAACUGUCUAUAUUAAGUCUACACUUGCAUAGGUGUGCUCUCUAAUUAAUCCCAACUUUUGAAAUAAAGUCCCCUUUGACAAUA